UCAUUCCAAACAGUUUCUAAACAGAUCUAGAUUCCACUUCGGUCGUAGUAAUCCUUCUAUGGAUCACAGCGAUGAAUCUCUUCCUCCACUACCACUUCCUCCCCGAAUGUUUGCGUUAGGGGAAGAACCCGAGGGAGUUAGGGUUACACCUUACCACAAACCCACAUCCAUUCGAAAAAUCCUCAACGCACUCGGCCCUGAUGAAGUCCGGAGGAUUAAGGAGACCCCGUUUGGAAAGCUUGUCAAAAUCGCAGAUAAACCCCCAUACUCCGGUCGGUUUGGCCGUUUUCUUAUAUCAAGACAGUUGAAAGUGGGCAAGAAGAACGAAGUCUGGUUUAUAUUUUCUGGCAAACCCGUAAGAUUCUCAAUUAGAGAAUUUGCUCUAGUCACAGGGCUCAAUUGUCGAAACUUCCCGCCGCGUACAAAGAAAAAGAGCUCGAAGAACCUAAUAGAGAAGCCUUAUUGGGGAGAGCUAUUUGGCUCUAUGAGGGAAGUCCCUGUCAGUUAUGUCAUUAGCAUGCUAAAGAAGAAGACGGUUGCUGAUACAGAAACGAGGAUCAAGUAUGCCCUGCUUGCUUUGUUGUCAGCCGUCAUUCUACCGACAUCGCAUAAUCCUAAAAUUUUGGAACAACACGCGGAGAAGAUAAAAGAUAUCGAUCAGUUUCUUGCUUACCCGUGGGGCCGUGUUUCAUUUGAAAUGCUCAUUAGUAGUAUAAAAGAGAGGGAUGAAGUCUCACUCUCACAGAAAACAAUUGCACUUAAAGGGUUUGUUCUAUCGAUACAACUUGUUCUAAUAGAAGCAACUCCUUCACUUACACGAGUCGUGCAAAGUGGGAGUUCCUCCGGUUCCGAACGUGAUUGUGAAGACGACGAUGACUUUGUGGACGAUGAUACCGAGAGAAAGAAAUGUAUCAAUCCGGUGCGUGUACGUGAUAUUGAUUCAGCUUCGAAGACGCAUGUUGUUUCCAUUAUUUCUGAUGGCGUGGAACUCGACAAUGUCGAGGAAGAAACCCACAUUCCUGGAGAUGAGGAGGAUAUACUUGUGGCAAACUUGGAGAAGUGUAUUCACGAUGGUUUCUCAUUCCGGAAGUCCCAUUUUCUCGGUGGUGCGACCCUUGCUGAUGUCAUCCAAAUGGGCGAAGAAGCCGCAAAAGAAAACAACACCCGUAAAAAGAACAAGCGGAGUGUGAAUGCUAAUAGUGCCGACGCUGCUGACCCUGAUUAUGUUGUCUCCAUAUUGAAAAGUAGUCUAUCUGCGGACCUGUGUCGUAUGGAGGAAGAAAUUAAAAACCUUGGUCAGAUGUUUACGAAAUCGCAAAGUCAAAUGCGGUCUUACAUACAAGACAUGUUUGACACAUUUCAGAGGAACAUUAGUAAUAUGAUUCUUACCCCGUCCUCUGGGAGACACGCUGAUCCUCCGCAUGCCCAUCAAGCAGAGACCACUUUCAGCAGAGAGAAGACAACCACGGAGCCCAACCCCGGCGCACCACCUAAUGUUCCCGUAGCAACUGCGUCGCACAAAAGGAACAAGUCAACGGGACGGCCCGGUCAUUUUGAUCCAUGUGGCAGCAUACAGGACGCUAUUCAUUUUGCAGACCACGUGGCCCCACUGUCCAGAGAUGUUAAUAUGGGCGAUGCCUCUCUAAAUGAGGAAGGUAGCCCCGAAAAAUGCAAUGAUGGUAAUAACGAUCUUAAUCCUAGAGAGGAGCAGGUCCAUCCCGCUUAUUCAUCUGCUGACGGAGAAGCUCGGGAGGUUGAGGAAGAGGAUCCUGAAGAUGCGGUGGACAUGAUCAACAGUCCACCCUUGACACAACCUGCACCAUUGGAUUUGACGGAACAUGCUAACAUUACCACAGCGGGGACGGGUGGAAGUCAUGCAGAAAGUGCCAAAGUAACGUCAUCUACUUCUUCCGACAGCAACCCACCAACUCCCAAUGUCAUCCCUCAACCGAGUUCCUGUUUGGAUAAUGCACAGUCUAAUUUGGCCUUCCCAAAGCCUACAUUCUCGCUAGGACUAACGCAAGAAGAACGUUACCUUAGUAAAACAGAUCUGGUGGACGCUGAUGAAUCAUUGGAAGAGGGUGCAUCCAUUUCUCUCAAUGACGACCAAGAACCGUUUCCAGCAAACAGGAAAAGCAAGAGACAGAAAGUUGUGCCCCGUAGCCUCGUCGGAGACUAUCAGUGCGAUAAACGAUUCCUCACCCGAGCUUGGGAGGCCCAUGUUAACGCUAUACAUCGUGGCCCGGUAAUUGACUAUGCGGCUAAAGCUGGUGCUCUGGCCGAAAAGCUCCAAAAAGAAUUUGUCAUCGACGUUAGUGGACAAAGUUUAGACAGCAGUGACCUGUCUGCAAUUCUUGCGAGAUCUUCUCACUUAACUGCCAAGGUAUUUUUACAGUCUCUGUCGUUUUUAAGUGACCACUGGGUUUCAUGUCACCUCUUUGUGCACUGGACCUUUUAUUUUCAGGUGAUGGAUGUUCUCAUCCAUCAUACUCGAUCCUUGAUAGAAGCACUAUCCGAAGAGCGUCAACCCAGCAGCGUUGUUUUACUGGACACGAGGUUUGUUUCCCUACUGUCAGAGACUUUCGUCAAGUUCUCCAUUUCUAAAUAAAUGUCACUUUGAUAUUUUUUAUACAUACUAAAAAAAUAGCAGAAAUAUAUGUAAAUUAUUAUUAAUUAUAUUUUUCUGACUAAUAAUAUUUAAAAUAAAUAAAAUUAUGUAUAAAACAAAUACAGUUUGUAAUUAAUUUUCAGAUGAAAAUAAAUAUAAUUUACAUUGGAAUUGUAAAGUGACACUUUUUGUAAAACAAGAAAAAACACUAGAAUGACUUAUUAUGAAACAGAUGGAGUAUGCACUUGGGCUAAGCUCCUUCAAUGCUUGUUUAGGCUUAAUGGUAUUAGGCUAUUAGCUGUUGAGCUUAGUAAAACAAUAAAGUCUAAGAAGCUCAUGCUUAUUUCUUAUCCAGCUAAUAUCAAUAGAAAAGUUAAGGAAAAAACGUUGGUUAGUUUAUAGAUUUAUUGAAAAUUAUAAUUUUUAAUAAUUUACUAAAAGAUCGAACCAGAAAAUUUGAUUAAUUUAUCUAAACUAUGCUGGAUUUUGAAGUGUUGGGUUAUGGAGAUAAGGGUGUACUGAGGCGGCUCAAUUUAAUGGCAGAUAUUUUAUGUUCAGGCCCACAUAAACCCUUUCUUAUAUUAGCCAUGGAGACAAGAUCUAGUGCCGUUUGAUGAUCUGCUUUAUUACAAAGUAUGGGUGUGGGAAGCACAUGCCUAUGCUCAAGUGUCUUACUCGAAAAAAAAAUAAAAGGAACCAAUCAGUAAACAACGAAGAUGAAAUUUUGUUUGCAUUCCAAGAAUGACUUUGAUUCUCCCAGAAGAGGGGAGACAAAGUGUAAAAAUGUAAUGUAUUAGUGGGUAAAAUUAUAACA